AUGGUCUCGUACAUGAACGCGUCCGCGCACCACCAGUCUGCAGAGCGCACCCAUGUCACGAACCAUGCUGUUGGCCUGCUGGGGCCUUAUGCCCUCGACAGCCCGCCCAGAGAGGCUUGGGACUGCGGCGCAUGCGGUGGCUGGCGGGCUCACCGAACACGCCGUCUCUUGCGGCGGUGCAGCGGAUGGGCUCUCAGCUGGAAGGGGUUCUGCGAUGGAUUCGCGUCACGCCGGAUGUAG